AUGCGAAAAUGUUUCUCGGACAAAUGGGAAGAAGGUCCGCUGCAGCUUUUCCAAGAACUUGGCGGCAACGUCAAAUUCGUCGAAAUCGAUUAUUCGUUCGGUUUUUUUCAUCUCAUUUCCUACAUUUUGGAGUGUAUUUUUAUUGAAAAAACUACCCAAUUUCAGGAAAUUGUACGUUUUUUUCUCGAAGAAAUUCAUGGUUUUUUUCCAGUUUUUUUAAAUCUUGAAAAUCGAAGAAAAUUCGUAGUUUUUUUGUUUUUGAAACUUUGAAAAUCAAAAAAAUCAGUGUUUUUUCAGUUUGAAAACCUUGAAAGUCUUCGAAAAUUUCAAUAUUUUUAAAAGUAUGAGAACUUUUUUUAAAUGUUUUCUGGUACCGAAAAAAAUGAACAAGUUUCUUCGAAAAUUAUUAAAUUUUACUUCAUUUUUUGUUUCCUCUUUCCAUUUUUGUAUUGCUAAAAUUUAUUUCUAUUGGAAAAAAACUCCCUAAUUUCAUGAAAUUUAACGUUUUUUUCUCGAGCAAAAUUUGUUAUUUUUUUCCAGUUUUAAAAAAAUUUAAAAACCUCUGAAACUUCAAAAUGUUAAAAAAAUAUAAUCUCUGAGAUCGUUUUUGCCGUGUAAUCGAUGCCGAAAAAAAUAAGCAACUUUCAUUGAAAAAAAUAUCAAAUAUAUCUCUAAUUCCCUGUUUUUUUCAUUUCAUUUUUUUGUAUUGCUAAAAUUUAAUUUUUUUAUCGAAAAUCCGCCAAAUUUGAUGUAAUACCACGUUUUUUUCUCAAAGAUAUUUGUUAUUCUUCGAGUUAAAAAAAUUUAAAACCUCAAACUUUCAAAAUUAUAACGUUGGUACCGACAAUAAGCAACUUUCAUUCAAAAAAAUAUUAAUUUUUUUACUUCACAGCUCAAAUUCAAAAUUAAUUUUUCAGGUAAUUUGAAGCUUUUAAAACGAUGAAAAAUGUUUUAUUUCAUCCAUUUUUGAAUCAUUUUUCCCUUUUAGAAAUGAUAUUUAUAGAGACGUCAACGACAGAGUCGAGGCCGAAAAGCGACGCGAAAUCGCGAAACAACGGUAUUUCAAGAACCAAGUGAAAGAUUUGCAGGUUCCCAUGUUCUGAAUAAAGUCGAAUCGAUCGAAAUUUCCAGAGAAGAUGCGUCGAAAUUUUCUUCCGCAAAGUUUUCUACUGCGAAGACGGCAUCCAGAGAGCCGAUUAUCUGAUUUUCGCCAGUGAGAAUCGUUUUUUCAGCGAUUUUUGAAGGCCAACAGACGAUUUCUAGGGUUUAUUAAAUAAUAGUUGGAUUUUUAUGUGGUUUUUUACACUUUUUAUUGUAACUUUGAAAGGCGUUUUCUGGGUUUAUGAAAUAAUUAUCGAAUUUUUAUGCCAACUUGUCUUUUAUUUUUAUUUUAAGAGACAUUUCGAGGUGUUCUUAUCAAAAUUUGAUAUGAUUUGCAUUUUAUUUUUGAGUUUUAGAGAUAUUUUAAAGGCUAAGAGACGAUUUCCGAGGUUUAUUGUUGAAUUCUCGAUUUUUGACAUCAAUUUCGAAGCAAAAUUGCGUUUUUCUUUCAUUUUUGUAUCAAGUACGCGGACUUCAAAGCAAUAAUUUCGCGUUUUGAUUGUUUAUAUUAUCUUUUUAUAACACGAAAGUCAUCGAAACGGCUUUUCGUCGCGAGUUUUUUCUGAAAAGUUAGCCGAUGCGCCUUUAAAUAACAGCAAAGAAUACACUUUCUCCUUUCAUUUUCUUUUCCUUUUUUUUCACUUUUGGUGAUUAACAUUUUUUUUAAGAACUUUUUGAAAUAUCCAUUUAACACGUGUUCUCUCAAAAAGUGAAACUAUCGUUGGUACAAAGAUUUCAAGUAGCUUCUUUUGACUUCAUAUUUGUACCACAGCUACUUAAAGGUACUCUGAUUAGAUGAGACAUGGCUCCAUGAGGCUCCGCCCAUUUUCAGGCUUACGGUGAAAAAAUUACAGUGAAAAAAGCAAUAGGCGAAAUGCUAACCGAUAUGCGAAGAAGCAUUUCCAUGCGAAAAACUAAAUAAAUAAGAUUUUUUGAAUAAAACGGAAAGACCCCUUUAGGGACCACUUAACUUUUUGAGGCUAAAGGGUCAGACCCCUAAAGCCCUAUAGGGACCACUUUAGGAGCUGUUUAUCCCCCUAACCCCUAUAGGGAUCACUCUGAAACUCCUAAGAUACGAACACGGCAUAACAUCAAUCGAUGAGAAUGGUGGAUUUCCAGACAACUCCCAACUUUUCGCGGCGGUUCAUCUGAUCGACUUGCCGAAGGACUAUCCGCCGCGCGACGAAUUCCUCAAGCGAUUCUAUUAUCCGCCCGGAGAUCCGAAAUUCCCGGAAGAUCCUUGCGGAUACCAGCUCUUGGAUCAGUUUGUUUUAUGCGAAUUUUGAACCUUUUUUCUAUUUUGGUUCUCUCGAUGACUGAUCUCUUUGAAGAGUUGCCGCCGGAGUCCGCGGAGGUCCAAUCGUCGCCGCCUAUUUGGAAACCGACCGCAGAGAAGAACUCCAGGCCCUCAACGAUAUUCUGAAGUUGCAAAGCUUCGAAAUCAAAAACCCGUUCCUUGCCAAAUGUUGGUUCAAACUGGCCAGAUAAAGCGCGAUGUCGCUUGCGGUACAUUGGCGACAUCGCAAAAGUUCCGCGUUUCCCUUGACACGAUAUCGCAUUUUCCUCGGCGCGAUCUUGGAUUUUUCUUUAGAUAAGCGCGAUGUCGCUCGCGGUACAUUGGCGACAUCGCGAAAGUGCCGCGUUUCCCUUGACGCGAUAUCGCACACCUUGUAUUCUUUCUCUUAGAAAUGCUGUUGAAAAUGUACCAUUUUCCCAUUUUACUGUGGAUAGCUCUUUCAGAUAUCGACACGGAACGCGUCGAAUCGCUAUCGAACUCAGCGCAAAUGUAUCCACACAUCAAAAUGAAUAAAGCGAGGUUUAUCAGAUUUUUGAUACAUUUCCCAAGAGUGUUUGCGACGCGGUCCACUUUUCACCACUUUUCAAAGUUUUCUGCCUUCUGUCCAAGUUCUCGCGAUUCCUUUAAAGGCAUAGGGGCAGGAAAAAAUGACGUUUCAGGUGAAAGCAGCGUCUUAUAUAGUUUUUCUUUGCGAAUCGAACUGUGUACUCAAAAAAAUUACAGAUGUGACUACUUUUGAAGAAAAACGUGAUUUUACUUUCCCGCCUUUAAUUUUGAAAAAUUCUUUGGAUCGGUAUGCAGACAACUGAUUACAGUAACCGUGCACGCGAUGUUGCGGACGUCUCAUUAGACUCGUAUUUUGGGAGAAAUAACCGGCUAUCUGCCCCCUACAGGGGCCCUUGGAGGGUCCUCUCUAGGGGCCAGUUAUUGGGGUUUUAGUUAGUGGCUCCUAUAGGAGACAUGCUGGUCGAUAUUUGACCCCUUUAGGGACUACUUGAACUUUAAGGGCUGAGGGGUCAGACACUGAAUCCCAUAGUGACCACCAUAACUUCACCCCUAUAAGGACCACUUUUUCGACCACUAUGGGGCUGUUCGUUCCCCUAUCCCCUAUUGGGACCACUCUGGAAAAUCCUGAGACAUUCCCCGGCUUAUGUCGAAAAAAUUCGGGAGAUUUUUUUUUCUGGAAUCAUAGGUCCUAAACUUCAUAACAUUCAAAAAACUUCUUUAUCGGUUUCUACAUUUUUCAAUAUCUUAUACUUCAUUCACGAAGUCACCUGGCCGCGUUUGGAAUGAGCGCGUUGCAGUUACUCUGAACGAAAGGGGGUUUUUAUGGCCGCGCGCGAAAGUCGCUUUGUGGUCGGUUGCGUCUCAUCUCAGAGUAGCCAUUCCAAAUGCGACCAACUCGUUAAAAAUCGACGAAAAGUAUCAUUUUUAACCGCUUUUCUAGUUUCGGGCUUUUUGUUAUCACUGUGGUUCAUCGCCUGAUUGAAUACAUUUAAAAAAGGAUUAUUGAUUGUUAUUGAUUGAUAUGGAUUGAUACCUCUAACUAAGGGAUUUUGACAAUUUCCAGUCCCAAUAUUUAAUUUGCAGUUCUCUUUCGCUGCUGGCCAAUCUGCCAAUGCUCCCGGCUCACAAAUGUGCAUAUUUCAGAAACGAUCGUUGGUUUGUUUUUUUUUCUCCAUGGGGCGCAGAUGCUUCUCUCACUGUAGCUAUUUUCUACACUGUUUUUUAGGUACCAUAUCCUGAUUUAAUUAUGAAAUUAUCCUCUUUCAUGUUCAGCUUUUCAAGCCUGAUAAAAAUGGGUUUAUCCAUGGGGCGCACUAAUCGCUUUCCUUGUAGCUAUUUUUCAUUUUUUUUUUUAGGUGCAUAUCCUGAUUUGAAUAAGAGAGUAUCUUUGUCCAGUUUCAGUAUUUUAAAUAAUUCAAACAUGAUGAAGAAAAUUUUAUCCAUGGGGCGCACAAAACGCUCCGUUUUUAGCCAUUUUUUGCAUGUUUUAGGUACUAUAACCUGAUUUACGCAAUGAGCCGGGAUCCGUACAAUCGAGCCGUUUUGAUGGUUCUCCACGAAAAUUGGGAAGCUGACUUGGGUCGGUUUUUCGGGUCUUUAGGGGAAAAACUUUGUGACAAAUUCAUAUUUAAGGUGACAUUUGAAGAAAAAUUGCUUAAAAUUUUCAAACUUUGGGGGUUUCUUCGUUAUUUGAAGCAGUUGACUGAUCAUUUUUGAAAAGAGUUUUAAGGUAUCAAAAACGACUUUCAAAGUGAUAAGGAUUUAUAAAACUUUGAAAAGAAAAAAAUUUGUUCGCCCAACUUUUUAGCUUACCAUUAGAGAAUGUGAUUAGACAAGAAAAGGAAAAUAUUGCGAUCUCUUUAAAUUUUUUGCAUUUUUUUGAACUUUGUGAAUCAUUUUUGCAAGAUUCAAGUCCUUCCCUCGUUUUAAGAAAGUCGCCAAACUGCGGAACUCGCCGAAAGACGUCUUCAGAAGCAAGGAAAUAAUGCGAAUUUGCCGGUGGAAGACGCCAUUGAUCUCAGUAAUGAGGUGAAUAAUCGGAAAAAAAAACCGCAAAAAAAAAGUUUCAUACAGGAAUUUGAGAAGGAAUUACCAUUUGAGCUGAGUAAUAAGGUAUACUUCACAAAAUCAAAAAAAGGCCUUUAUAGUUUUUUUAAAAUGUUUUUCAAUGAUGUCUACCUUCGAAUUUUCGAGGCGUGAAGGUCUAAAAAUUGGGUUUUUUUUUUGGGUCGGUUUUUUUAGGGUUUGAAAAUUUUUUUGAAAAAUGUUUUUCAAAUAUAAUUUUUGUGCUAUAAGUUCGAAAAAUAAGUUUUUUUCUGCAGAAUUGAGAAAAUGAAAAAAAGAUAAUCUUUCUUUGUUUUGCCUGAAGAAAAAUUCAAUUUUUUUAUUUAAUCGUUUGAUGAAUUCGCAAUAAAAAAUAAGGCUUUUUUUGCGCUUAUCCAGUUGUUUUUUCAAUACCUUACUUCAGGUUUUCUCUUGAAAAAAAAGGGAAAUUAAGUUUUUUUUUCAUCAUUCUUGUAGUGUUUCACGCAAGUUUAGGCGAAAAAUGCGACUUUUUAAAAUUUUUAUUUGUUUAGUAAAUAAAUAUUUUUCUCCAGGUCACGGAGUUGAGGCCGCAGCGGGAGAGCGUCGUCGAUAAUUUGCCAGGUUUUUUCUUUUAAUUUCGGAAAUAUUCCAAUAAUUUUUUCCAGAUGCUGAUGGCGAACGGGCCGAGUUGCAGUUGAGAUCUUACCAGGAGGAAUUGGUAAAACUUCAGGAGUUUUAAUAAUCAUGAUUCGCAGGCAAAAAAUGUCAUUUUCGAUUAAUUCAACGACUUUGAAGGUUCAACCGGCGCUCCGUGGCGAAAAUACGAUCGUGGUCGCCCCGACCGGCGCCGGUAAGACGGAAGUCGCCAUCUACGCCGCCAAAAAUCAUAUCGAUCGACGUAGUGAGCAGAAACUAGCCUCCAGGGUGAGUUGAAAACUGCAAAAGACUGAAAUUCUGGUUCAACCACCGACCCAACAAGCUUUAGAAUUGAAAAAAAUACUUCAUUCCUUUUUCCAAAACGUUCCAACCAGGCUUGUGCGUCAAGCGGGCUUUGGUUCUCUGUUUUUCAGAAAAAGCUUUGGGGGCUCGGGCCAGGCCGGGCUUCGAAGUUGAAUGAUAUCAAAAAAAUGUUCACCGAAAAGUUGAAUCAUAGUUUUUGAUAACUCUAUGUAAAAGCAAAAACAUCACUUUUCUCGUAAAAAAAGCUUGAUAUUCGACUUGAAAAGUGUUUGAGCCGGGCUUGGAAAAAAAUGGCUGAUAAGGGGGGCUAUAGGCUCACGAGCCGGCCCUCGCUGAUUCCAACUGAAAAAAAAGAUUUUUGAAAAGCGUUUUUGAUGUUUUGGAUUGACGCUUCUAUUAAAAGACAAAACUUUCAUUUUUUGUAGGUAGUGAUGAUUGUCCCGAAAAUCGUGCUGGUGCUCCAGCAGAAAGAGCGAUUCCAGAAGUACUGCAAAGGAAAGUACCUGGUCGACGGGUUCCACGGAUCGGAGAGCGAACGAGGCUCCGAAAGGACUCGCGGCGUUUUGGACGCUCAUAUUGUGGUCAUGACUCCGCAGAUCUUGUUGUGAGUUCAAAGGGAAAUAGUUAGAGAUUUUGUUUGUGAAAAUGUGUCAUUUCAAGUGAUCUGAUGAAGAAACAAGGUGGAUUGGUCAAAAAAAAACUUCCUUAAAACGUGCUGAAAAGUGUGGAAUUUUCUUGAAUUUUUUCCAAUGACUCAAAUAACGCAUUUCACCAAGAAAUGUUCUGAGCUCACAGUGGGAUUUCUGAAUGAGACUAGGCGCACUAAAUGUUGUUCUUUUGGCUGACUAGGGAACCUUUUUUACCCCCUGGUUGAACUUUUGCGGAAACUUUGCUGAAGUGUACUUUAGGACCCCCCGAUUCCAGAAAAGAAAGAAAAUUUCUCGCAAUAGAUCUCGUUUUCGAGUUAGGACGCUUCAAAAGCCCAAAAUAGCGCUUUUUUGGCUUAAUUUGCGUAUUUUGCACACCUUGAAGCUUCAUAACUCGGAAACAAGAUCUAUUGCGAGACAUUUUAUUUCUUGAUCCGCAAUCAGGGGGACCUAAAGUACACAUCGGCAAAGUUUCAGCAAAAGUCCAACCGGGGGGUAAAAAAGGUUCCCUGGUGAGUUCGAAUAUCUCCCCUUCAAGCCUCAGUCACAGAAAUAACUCCAAUUCAAGAAUCAUAUAUUUUUUAAGCUCAGAUUAGAAUAGAGAAAAAAGUAGCGGAUCCUUCAGAAACAUGCUGAGAAACGCCAGAGCCAAGGAACGUCUGUACAUUGCGGACAUUUCGAUGUUAAUCAUCGACGAGGUCCACAAAACGACCGGAAGUCAUGCCUAUGCUGAAGUUCUCGAGAUGAUCGACGUUUACAAAGGACCAAAGCCUCAGGUUUGUAUGUAUGCAAAGAAUUCAUGAAAUCAAAAAAGUUCGAGCCUUACUAGAGAAUCAACGUUUCUGCCUUUCUGAUAUUCAACCACACAGAUCCUCGGAAUGACGGCUUCCUUGGCCGCGACCAGCCUCACGGAUCAGUCGGUAAUGCUGUCCCAAAUCUACAAACUGAUGGCCAAACUCAACGCCGAGAAGCUCAGCACCGUCCAGGACCCGAUGAACCUCUCGAUCCUGGAGGAACACGUCCCCAAGCCGGACGACGGUUCGAACCCAUUCCCAGCUUUCCCCCCAGAACAUUUCCUUCAGAAGUCAUCAAAUGUACUGCCGAUUACGACAGUCAUUUCCACAACGCCGUCGAUCGAUUGAUCAUGUCAUUUUUUGAUUUCUUUUUUUUGUUUUCAACAUGAGUUUUGAGAUAGUCACGUAUCGUGCAGCUAGAGAAAGUACAAAAAGUCUUUCUUUUUCGGAAUUUAAAUUUUCGCGCCAAAACGGGGAAGGAUUGGUGUACAGAAAGUUGCUUACCGUAAUCUUUAUUCAUGGCAACUUAUUCACAGCUCUUUUUUUAAUGGACGACAUAGAAAUUUUUUGAAAAAAAGCGAAAAAAGCGAGUUUUGUCAAUAGAGCACCUUUGCUGCAAUAUGCGCUUCUAGCGGGAAUUCAAACUUUUUCUUCCCAACCUUUAUUCAGUUCUGACCUAAGGAACAUUACAAAAAAUAUUUUGAGGUCAUUUUUUUCAAAAAUCCAAACUUUAAUUUUUUUGGGUCUAAGAAUUUUUUUGCGAUAUUCCGAAAGAUUGAAGAACUUUCUUUCACAUACAGUACCCUUUGGAAAUGGAAAACGAGUUUCUUUCGUCACAAAGAGAGAUGAACGCGAUAUCGCUUGCGGUGCACUAACGACAUCGCGAAAGUCCUGCAUUGUGGCCGCGACGGGAUUGCAUUUGACUUGGCGCGCUUUGACGUUUUGAAAAUUUUCAAAUUUAUCUUUGGGUGCGUGAGAAAAGCGAAAGAAUCGCGAGAUCGCGUCAAGAAAUUAGCGAUCUGCGAUGUCGCCAAUGUACCGCCACAGACCUCGCGCCGGACUAGGCAGUUAUUUCUAGUGGCAUUUUUCACAGUUUCUGAUCUCUGAAAUUUCCAGAGAAACGCAAGCGAAACUUCUGGAAGAAUGCAAACGACUUUCCAAGGUCCACCGCGAAUUCUCCUUCCAGUCGCGUCGAUUCGACAAAUUCAACUGGAAGGCGAACAAAGUUAAUCCGUUCAUGUUGAACAUCUGGCUGAUGACCGUCCAGCAGAACCUCAACAAACUCCAUUCGACGGAGAAACUCAAGGCGUCCGUCAUGUGCAACUACUUGAAGGUGGGGCAGGGUCUCAGGUUCGACUCCUCUCGGCGGCGGGAAUAUUUUUGCUGACUUUCUAGGAAUUUUUCUGAUAAGGAGUAAUAUUCAACUCGGCGGUUUUUUUGAAAAUUGGCCUUAUUAUUUUUGAUGAGAUAAGUGUACGAGAAAAUGAAAGAAAAAAUGGGCCUUUUUGAGUCUUACAGCCCUGGUUUCUUGAGAAACUGGAAAGUUGUGGAAGUGAGAUUUUCAGGACUUUUAGCUUUUUCAUCUAAAAAAGUUCUGGCCAAUUUUUAUGAAAUUCUCACUUGUUAAAUGAAAUUCAAAAAAUUUCAUGACAUCUACAUUUUUCUUUUCACGCAUUUCUGUUUCAAAAACGUAAAAUUUGUGAAAAAUUUGUAAUUUUCUCGGGUGUCUGCGUCUCUUUGUUCCCUCGCCGGUCAGAGAAACGAGAAAAUAGCACGUCAACAUGAGAGGGUCGUCGAGAGACGAGGAGGGCCCAGAGAAGUCCUUUCAAGUUGGGAAAAACGGACUAAAUUUGAAAUUUUUCGAAAUGAUGACAUUUUUUUUAUUAAUGCCGUGUUCAAAGUAAUUUCCGCAAAAUGCAAAAUUAUCUCUGACUCUCCAAAAUUUAGUUAUCUUUUUCUUUCCCUGACGGCUAUUUUUGAACUUCGCGGAAUUACUUUGUACACGGCAUAGAAUAGACGACUCUUUAAAUUCCCCGAGUUGAUUUGCAGGCCUAUCUGAACACCCGGGACAUUCUGGAAGUGAUGCCUUCCGAAGUCGCUUUUUCGUUUUUGACGAGCCAAGUCGACGAACUUCAUAAAUACGAUAUGCCUGACCUUCAUGAUGCUUUCAUGAGUUUUUCUGAAUUUUUUGAAUCAAAAAUCAAGAAUUCAAACAUUUUAGAAAACAAAAAGAGUUACGCUCUUAUGAUUCAACAAAAAGGCGGAGAUCCGGAGAUCGUCAGAAGACUCAAGGUAUCUUUUUCGUAGUUCUUCCCGACUUUUUUGAGGAUUUUCCAAAAAUUUAUCUGAGGAAAAAGCGGUUGGGGAUCGUUAGAAUCGCGUGGGAAUCAAAGAAAAAAACGAAAAAAAAAUUUUUUUGGGUAAUUUCAGGCUUUUUUUGUUUCAAUUGAAGUAACGGAAUUAUUGUGGUAUUUUUUUAAAAUAAGAAGAUCCUGAUAUUUGAAAAAAAGAGAGUGCAUAAUGAAAUUUUCAAUAAAAAAAUAAAAAAAUUUUUUUCGAAGAUAAUUUGAACAUAAAUGGUACAGAUCAAAAUCCAUUUUUCGAAAUUUUUUUAAAAAGAAGCGUUUAUUCGGGAAAGUUAGUUAGAAGGAAAAAUUUUUAUACUCUGAAUUUUUUUAAAAUUAAGUUUUUAAUUGAGAAAUUGUAAAUGAAGGUUCUAGCUAAUUUUUUGCUAUUUUGGACUAUUUUUUUGCUUUUUGUAAGGAACACAGGUUACUCUAAUUUUCACUCAAGGAGCCACUAAUUUCUUUCCCGGAAUGUCUGAGAUAUAUGUAAACAUUCAUUGACAGUACAAGUCACGAAAACGCACUGAUCAAGACUACUUAUAGUCAAUGUUUCUCGACUUGAGAGGCGAGGGAGGCGGGGCAAGGGGCGAGACGCGUAGCGUGUGCGUACGCGGUUCUUGGCACGAGUUCAAUUCAACUGCCAGCGAGCAUUCAGAGAGCUCAUUUAUCGCUCUUUACGCUUCUUUUUUAAUUAUUUAUUGAUUAUGUUAAUUUGUGCAUCAAAAAUUAGUAGAAAAUACAGAGAAAGAGCGGUUUCCGAGCUUUUGAAAUAGUCGGCGGCAAUUGAAUUGAACUGGCGUCAAGAACCGCGAACGCACACGCUACGCGUCCCACCCUUGCCCCGCCUCCUUCGCCUUUCAAGUCGGGAAACAUUGACUAUAAUAGUAGAAAAACACAAUCUUUUUGGUUUUUUUGGAGUCAUUUGGAUUCGAAAAACCAGUUCUGUUCAGACAGAGCUCGAGACGCAGUUCGCCAAAGAUCCGAACUCGCGCGCGAUCAUUUUCGUCGAGCAGCGAGCGACGGCGGUUCGCGUCUGCGACUUCCUCAACCAUUCUAAUAUUUUGCGCGGUCCCAACGAAGGCGAUCCCUUCGGAUUCGUCCUCGGUGAGUGUAGAGAAAAGAAGAGAAUACAAAAAUACACUGCAAAAGACAACUUCUAGGUAAGGAGCGAACGUUUUCUGGGAUUUCUUUGUACCAUUUCCAAAAAAGAAAUUAAAUUUCUUCCUGUGGCACUUAAGUGAACCCUCGGGAAUGUGUAACCUCGGAAAAACAGUCAAAAAUUGAGUAUGAGAAGAAAAACUAGGCGGUGAACAAGAAUUUUCGAACCUAUAACUGACAACCGCCAUUGGCGAACUAGAAGUCCAAUCGUGUAGUUGAUCAAGUUGAGAGCAUGGUCUUACGGUCCUUCGCCUAGUUCUUCCGCGCUAGUCCAUCCAUUAGCGCCCUGACGAGCUCAGAAUGUAGCUGAUCUUCGGCUGGAGCCCGGAGACCUGCUCUUAGGUGGUAGUAUUCAUGGGCAGACCAUUUUUGAAAGUCAUUAACCCCUCCUCCCGAGUAUCCUUAAAUGAAAGUCAGUACCUCCUGAAGUUUAAACUUAACUAUAUUUUUGUCAUUACUACCUUCUGAGGUUGAAACUUAUUUUUUGACCUCAUUUUUUUAAUAUUUUUGUAAGUCAACCCCUCCUCCCGGACGAGUUGAGUUUUUCGCUUGACCAUGUAUCAGUGAAAGCCUCAGAAUGAGAAUCGAAGUUCAGGCUCUACAAGGAAUUAUCAUUAUCAUCCCAGGUACGAGCAACACCCAAGGAAAUCUGGCGAAACAGUCCCCGGCUGAACAAGCCGCCGUCCUUCACAGCUUCAACUCCGGAAAACUCAAAGUCUGUCUCAGAAAAUGACAAGAAAAAAAGAAGAUUCUAUAGGCGAUUGUGGCGACUUCCGUGGUGGAAGAAGGUCUGGACGUUACCGCCUGUAACCUCAUCAUCAAGUACAAUUGCUCUGGAAACGCGAUUUCCUUGAUUCAGAGGAGAGGUAGGGUCCUAGAAAAUGACUCACAAGUGAUUUACGAAAAUGACUUUAAGAUCAGAAGAUCAGACUUAGAAACUGCUCAUUUAUAAAGAUUUAUGUACUUUAAAAUUUUUCUUGUCGAAAACCUGUUCAAAAUUUGAAAUUACGAUGCAUCAUAAAAUAUAGACCAUAUUUUUAAUUUCUGCAAAAAAAUCAACCUGAAUAAGCUCCAGCGCCUUUUUUGAAUCCCAGUCUAGUUUUUUUGCCAUUUUUCUUCCGUUUUCCUUCGUCCAAAUCCCUCUAAAACUUCUGAAAAAGUUUAUUUUUUUGUUUGUUGAGAAAAAAAUAUAAAGUCAAGGGGAUGAAUCUCUGAGUAUGACUGACGACAGCCAAGCCCCCCUGUCCUUUUUCAGGUCCCACCGAGACUAUCCCAUGUAUGCUUAGAAAUUGUCUGAUUAUAAUCAAUUUCUUGAUUCAUCGUCAUUCCAGAUUUCCUUCUCAUUUUUCAAAGUCCUAAGUUCCUCGAAAACGUGCAUACUUUUGAGGUCGUGCUCGUGCCUACGGAUCGAGGUCAGUCCUCCUUGCCGUGACGGGAAAUGUCCACGAGAAGGAAAACGACGCCCUGAUCGCCGAACGGCUGAUGAAUCUCUGUGUCAGCACGAUCCAGAAGAAUGGGCCCAAGCAUUUGGCGCAAAAAGUUGGGACUUUGAUCGGGACUUUUCCCAGAAUAAUUGCGAAAUUUCAAGGUCCAAGCAGAGCAGUUGAAUCUGAGACGAGAAAGAGAGCAACGGGAGCUCGAGGCCAAGGAAAAAAUGGCCAUGAACAAGGAUAAAAUGUCGGUUUUCGCAUGGAAAAAUAGCCGCGGCUAUAAUUUUUCUAGGAAAUAUUUUUGAAAAAAAUCGAAUGAAUCUUAAAAUAGCCCAGGAAAAUGUCCGUUUUUUGCGACUUGGGACUUCUCAGACCAUCUCAUUUUGACGUGCUAUUUUCAUUUUUCUCUAACCUCGUCGGUGAGGGAAGGAGAGACGCAGACAUCCGAGAAGUGUCAAUUCGCGAUGAAUGGACUUUAAAUUCAUUUUUUUGAAAUUCCAGGACUUUUUUCCAAGCUUUUUAGCAACACUGUGAUCGGAAAAAUAGCCAGAUAUUUUCAGAUUUAAUCCGCGAAAAUUUUAAAAAUGUUUUUGGUGAUUUGUGAUAUUUCUGUACAAGUUUAUAAUGAAAAAAUGAAAAAAAAGACAUUUUUAGGUACAAAGUUUUGUGCGGCGAGUGCAACUUCUUCCUUACGGAGAGCCAUUGCAUCAAAAAGGUUGAAUAAAAUCAAAAAAUUAUGGAUCAAUUGCAAGUUUUUAUCCAGAUCUACAGCAAUUAUGUGGUCGUGGACGAAGAUAUUUGGUCGAAAAUUCGAAUUGAAGCGGUAGAAAAUCAAGAAAAAAUCGUUUCAAAAGGGAUUUUCAGGGAGUUGAACCGAUAAAAAAGACGAAAUGGAUCGAUGACGACACGAUCCCGCUGUGCAAUAUCAACUGUGGCAAGUGCAGCAAGAACUUGGGACGGGUUUAUAAGCACGCGUCAGUUUCUUAUGGAACAGAGAAAAGUAGAAUUUUGAUAAUUUCACAAAAAAGUUGGGGUUUUACGAAAAUAUGAUUGUCUUUGUAAAUAGGUAUUAGUGAACAUGAAGAUUGGUAAAAAUCGAAAAUGACGAGUUUCAAAGAAUUUUCGCGAUGGAGCACACUUUCUGAGUAGAAACAGCCUUCGAUUGCCUAACUUGAAUUUCUGCGCAAUAUCAAUUUCUAGAGGCGUGGCUAGAGAUUGGGACGUUUUUUUAAAGAAUGAGUGAGGGUUAAGCCGGUUUUAUGGAACUGAAAGUGGGAGAAAUUUGAAAACACUCACAAAAUAAAUUUUUUGGGUUUUUUCGAAAACCUGGGAAGUUUUGAAAAUGUUAUUGCAGUUUUAAAUGGGUAUUAGUGAACAUAAACAGUGGUAAAAAUCGAAAAGGACGAGUUUCGAAGAAAUUCUCAGUGGAGCACACUUUUCGAGAAGAAAUAGCCUCCGACUACAUAACACGAGUUUCUGAGCAAUAUCGAUUUCUAUAGGCGUAGCUAGAAAGUAAGACGGUUUUUUAAGAAUGCGUGAGGGUUAAGCCGCUUUUAUGGAACUGAAAGUGUGAAAAAAUUGGAAAAUUCCCAGAACAAAAUAUAGAAUUUUACAAAAUUUUGAGAAGUUAUGACGUUAUAAAUGUGGUUUUAUAUGAUUUUUUUUAAAUCGAUAGCGAUUGAUACAUACGUCGGCUGGAUCCCAGGGUGCCACCUACCCCCCUCGAACUGCGACCUACCCCCCAAAAAGUGCGGCCUACCCACGAAAAGUGCGGCCUACUUCAGUACAUUUUCGAAUUUUUUUUUUUCGCGUGCAAAAAGCGGGGGUGGGAUCCAACCGACGUAUGGAUUGAUAUUGAAAGCAACGUGUUUCAAAAAAAUUUCGCGGUGGAGCACAUUUGUUGGGAAGAAAUAGCCAUCGGUGGAUAUCAGGGGUUUUGGAAUUUUGGAUGUGACUUACCCCAGUUUUGAAACAGGAAAAGUUGAUCAUUUUCAGUGGCGUGUACAUGCCGCAACUGACGGUGGGCAGCAUCGCGUUCGGUGACAGAAACGCCCGGUCCGGCGACAGUCUCAUUCCGAAGACCAAGUGGUCCGACGUCGAGGACUCCUUAUUCUACGUCGCCAAUGCGACGGACAGCCACUUUGUGAGCUCUAUUAUUAGAUACGAACAACUAUAGCCUUGUUGAUUAUUCCCUCAAGUCCAAGUUUCUUUCUAGGUAACCAUGCUGCCGACGUUGAGCAAGUACAACCCGGAAAUGAAGACCAAGUUGGAUCUGAUCGUCCAGGCUCGCAUUGAAGACCUUGCACGGACUUCCAAAGCGUGAGUUUUGGUUGGGAUUCUGUGAGGGUCGGCCCGGGCCGGCCUUAGGGAGGCCCUCAACAAAAAGGGGAGCCCGAAAAUUGCAACUUCUCCAGUCGAAUAUCAGACUAUUUCGCAGCGAAAAUCACGUUUUUUCCAACAGAAACUUCGAUUUCAUGAGUUAAAAGCAUUUUGCUUAAAUUUUUCGAGGCCCAAGCCAAGGUUCUUUGCAAAAAUGAGGUCCAAGCUCGGAUCGCCUAUCCUGCCUAAGCGCCUGAGUUGGAGGAAGGAAAAAAAGUUGAAAAUCAGAGAAAGAAUGUCCCAAUUUUUAUGUUCCAAACUAGCAUUACAGAAGAAUAUUCAAAAAUUAAGUUUUAUGAAAACCUGCUCAGCAUUAUGUGCGCUCCAUUGAUAACUGAUACCUGGUAAUACUUUGACCAUGCUUUUUGAAAGUGAAAAAAGUAGACGUUUAUAAACCAAAACAUAAAAGUUACCGUAAAUACCGCUUUUGUUUGCGCUUUUCGCUUCAAGACGCGCUGAAAAACUGCGAAACGGGUUUUGAAGCGAAAUUAGGACGGGACUUCUCUGUACCCUCUUCAUUUCUCGCCGACCCUCUCAUGUUGACGUGCUAUUUUAACGUUUCACUGACCUUGCCGGUGAGGGAACAGAGAGACGCAGACACUCGAGGAGCUGAAAAAUGUCAAAUUGACGCCAAGGUCUAAGUGUGACCCUAUAAGGACCCCAAAAAAAGCCGUUUUCUUCCAAAAAACAGCAAAAUUUCCAUUUUUGCCUUUCCAGACAAAACGACCAGGCGAAACGAACAGCCGAGAAGGAAUUGGCCAAGAAAACGACGUGGAAAACGGUCGACCAAGAAGUCGAGCAGAAAGUCAACCGGAUGGACGACAAAAUGAAGAAGAUGAACGAAGAAUCGACGGAGGCCUGGAUCGAGAAGGACCCCAUCGGCAACUACGAUUACGACGACUACGAAGACAUCGACUUUCAGCUAGAUUUUUCAUUUUCUGGAAUUAUUGUCCCUUUUUUGUGUUCCUGAAAAUUGAGCUUUGAACCCGGCUUUGAACCAGAAAAAAAUUGUUCACCUUUUGCGCUCCAUGGACAAGUUGCUGUUUUUCACUUAAAAAUCGAGCCUGAGUUUCGUGUCUGUAGUUAUUAAUUUGUUUCCCAAACGCCUUGAAAAAAUAAUUAGAUGAACUAAAAAGUUGAUUUUUGUUUUGUCCGUGGAGCGCACUUGUGUUCGCUUCCAAAUAUCUGGAAAUAAUUGGUUUCUGGUAGGACAAAUAUCAAAAUUUUUUCCUUUUCAUGCUUUGACAUUGAAAAUCUAUCUAUUUGCGCUUCAUGGACCUUUUUUUGCAAAAAAAAAGAAAAUCAAAAUUGAGCCUAAAAUUCGUCUCUGCAGCCAGAAUUUAACAUUGAAAACGAAUUUUCCUUAAAAAAAAGUGACAUGGACGAAGAAAAUAUUUUUUUUUGUCCAUAGAGCGCCCUUCAAUACAUUUUUAAAAUGUAUCCGCGAAAAAUGAUGAAGAAUCGAUUUUUCCGAACACUGCUUGGAAAAUUCGAGUUCCGAGGUUAUUUCUGGAGCAUAGGAAAAUUCUGUCGAACUCUGAAAAACUAAAAAAAAAUCUUGGCCUGAGAAUUUGCACAUCAAGGGGACCUUAAGGGAGACUAAGAGAGACUUUGAGGGGACCAAAAACAUGUAUUUUUGAACAAGUUUUUCAUUCCUAAUGAUUAACAUUCUAGAAAAAAAAACACAUCUCUAAAAAUAAUUAAGAAAAAAAUAAAAUGAUUUUUUUAGUCGAUGAAGCUAGAGUCAUUUUCAAAGCACAAUUUUUCCAGAUACCUUGUAAAUUUACCUCUAUUUUUCGUCCCAAUCUCACCUUGUUACUUAAUCAAAAACUUUAAAAAUCAACGGUUCUCAAUUCAUUUUUUCACCCUGAUGUGAUCUUCCUUUGCCGCCUUUUGCCAUCUUUUUUUGGGUUUCUUCUAUUUUUUGCUUUAAAAAUAUCUCUUGUUAAAUUAAUAAAUGGUUUAUAUAUUUUUUUCUCAAUAUGUCGCUUGGCUUGACCGAUUCCCAGUUUACUUCAGAAAAAAAUUAGAAAUUUGAGAACCUUGGUUUUUAUAUUUGAAAGAAAUAUUUUUGCUUCUCCGCAUUUUAUUUUUUUACUUUUUUUGUGGGUGCACCGCACUUUUUAUGUUUCAGACGAAGCUUAAAAAAACGAAAUCUCAUUUUAUGAAGUGUUUUCAUUUGAUUCUUUUAUCUUCAAAAAAGUUUUUCUGUAACUUUCGACACUUUUUAAGUGCGGUCAUUAAGACUUUCUUUAGUUUUUCUUAAUUUCGGACAAAAAAAAAUUGGUUUACAGGCAAAUUCUCGGAAAUAUCACCUGAAAUUCGUAUUCCAAUUUUUUAUUCGUUUCGCGGCGUUUUUUCAACGAAGCCACGCCCACUUUUUCUCCGUAAAGUUUCGUGUGUCUUGUGCAUGCACUGCGCCGCUUUCACGCAGAAAAAAUUGCUUCUAUCUAGAGAAAACUCGUCUCAAAGACCGCUGGCAAUACGGCGGCCUGCGCCUUUAAUAUGCUCUGUUAAUUUCGCUUUUAGAGCCGAAAUCUCUGUCAAAAUUAUUUUUAAAUAACUUUCAUUUGAAAAUCUGAAGUUUAGAGGUGGCAUAUUGGAGGAAAUCUUGAUCAAAAAUAUCCCAACUUGAGAAUUUUUUGCUGAAAAAAGGAAAAAAAAAGACCAAAUUAGCCGAAUUUUUCUUCAUUUUUCAGAACGUUUUCAAAAGAAAUUUCAGUUCCCUGGAAGUUCUGCAGAAAAAAAUAUGAAGAUAACUCAGAAGGCGAAAAAAAGACUUGACUAGAAAUUGAUAGGAUGGCCCGCGGGCAAUUUGCCGCCCUCGGCUCUCGAGUGGAUCGCCUUUUUCUUUCAUUUCUGCUUCUUCUACCUUUUUUCCAUCCUGAUUUUUCUUUGCUUUGGCUGUUUAUGAACUGAUAUUAUCAUCUAGAACACUUUUGUAAAAAAAAAAUGGUGGGUUUUUUUCGGGAAUUUUUGGGAUUUCUACUGAAUACAAUUUGUCAAUAAGAAAUAUAUAUUAUAAUCUCUAAAUAUAUAAUUAUAAUAAGAUAUUCCAAAUAACUACUGGAGAGUUUCGUGAGAAGCAGAAAGAAACUUUUUAUCGAUCAAAAAUGAGAAAAAUUUGAAAAGAGUUUUUCAAAAGUUGAAUGUUUCUGAAUGGAAAUGCAGCGAUUUCCGACAAUUCCGAUCCGGAAAGAAGUGAUCACUAGAGGGUUUUUAAAUAAGGAAAAUUUCAGAAAUGUUUAGGAAAAAAAUCAGGCGAAAAUUUUGGCUUGGAGUAUGUUCGCUCCACGGAUAACGAGUGCUAAAAAAUAUUCUUAAGUUUAUUGGUUCUUUUUCCUAUUUUUUUCCUAAAUUACUAUUUUUGAGAAGUUCCCAGUGGAAUAGAUACUGUAGAAAAGUGCCCGGAAAUCCAAAAAAGGUGGAAAAUUCAGGAUCAACUAGUGGACAUCAGUGCGCAAAUCCUGCUCUCCGCCUCGAAACAUCACGAUUUUGACAGUGUUUUGUCGGAGGUGAGAGCCGCGACGCGACCGCAACGCACCUGAAAGAAAAUUUUUUUCGAGACAUAGGGGCAAUAGAAAUUGCGGGUAUUUGAAAAAAAUAAGCUUGUGAUAGUCCUCAGAAAGGUCUGAAGAAAGUAAACUGGACAGAAGAGCCGCAAGAGUUUGAUGAAAGUGUGCUCCAUGGCUAAUUGGAAACGUUUUUCCCUUUCUUGAUCUGGGAAAAUUUCUAGUGGCCACCAUAGAGGCUGGCCAAGGACUACUUGGAGAGGACACUAAAGUGGCCACUAUUUUCCGUUUUAGUGGCCGCUUCAGUAGUUUUUCAUCCCGUAUUCCUUCCAGGAACUCUGAUAAUUUCGAAACAAACAGAUUGGACCAGUUAUUUUGAUCCAUUGACCCCUAAAGUGGCCACUAAGAUUUGAAACGGUCUAGUAGUAGCACUUCGACCCCUAUAGUGGCCACUAAUUUUUUACCCCUUAAGUGGCCACUAAUUUGACUACUAUAGUGGCCACUAAAAACUUUUCCAGUAUGUUAUUAAUUUCUCUUAAGAAAAUCUGUUUUUUAAACCCCUAAGUGGCCAGGAACUCUUGAAAAACUAGGUUCUUGCUAAAACCCUGUUUUGGCCUCUCAUAUCAAAAAACUACUGGGUUCCAUGAAAUUCAUGAAGUUUUAUAAAGACCACAUAGUCGAUUUUCUCAACUUCACCCUUGUCAAUCUUCAACUUGUGAAGGAUUGACUAUAUUCAGUCAAAAAAUGUUCAAUGUUGCGUUGAAGGUCGGCGACUUCGGUCCCUACCAGAUCGUCUUCUUCUUCGUCAUUUGUCUGCCGGCGAGUCUUCCCUCGGCUUUUUCCGCCUUCAACCAGCCGUUCGUCGUCGGAGCUCCAGCUCACAAGUGUCAUCUGCCGGAUGGCGCCGAGUUUCUUCGACCGGAGACUGAUGAUCCGGUUUCGUAUGAGAGGCCAUUCCAAAUGCAGAUCUAAGUCUAGGACCAGCUCUUUCUUUCUCGUUUUGCAUACGGAUUAUCUGAUAAACGAGUUUAAUUUUUCAGCGAUCCGUUUUCUACGCUUUCACAAAAAGCCAUUCCAAAUGCACAUCUAAGUCUAAGAUCGGCUUUUGAUGUAGCUGAAAAUGAACUAAAAGGGUUGCGAUUCUUUUGCAAAACUUCGUCCAAUGAAAAAGCCAUUCCAAAUGCAGAUCUAAAUCUGGAAUGGCCUUUUUAGUUUUUCUUCGAGAAGAGAUUAAAAAGGCUCCAUUUAGAAAACGCAUUGUUUGGAUUUUUCCGUUCGUUUUUGAAAAAAGGCCAUUCCAAAUGCAGAUCUAAGUUUUGGCAAGGCUUUUCUGUUUUUUUUUUUUUGAACUUGGAUGAGUUGAAAAUUAGUUCUAGGAUGCAUUUUGAAUGACUUUCUGCUUCACUUCGAAGAAAAUUGAAAAAAAACCAUUUAAAACAUUUUCAGAAAAUCACGAGCUGUUUCCAGUACAACAACUCGCAAGUUGAGCUCUACCGAACUUUUACUUCAGCUCCAAUCGAUACUUUUCGGUUAGAAAAGGCUAUUAAUGACCCUACAAGUGCGCUCUAAUGAAAAAUCGGGGUUUCACGCUUGAAAGCUGGAAAAACAACUCGGAUCUCGCUAAUACAAACCGGAUGCGUCCCGGCAUUUCUAGUGACCACUUUAGUAGCCUCCGAACUCUUAAGUGAUCCCUAGAAGUGCUCACAAACGUGAGCGCGUCCGAUUUGCAUUACCGUGGUCCGAGAAGUUGAAAAAAUGAUGGGGCAUUUAAAAAAUGAUUCGCUGACGCGCAUUCUAGGAUCUAUAGUCUGUUCAGAUUUUGAAUGUCAAGUCGUCGCUCAAGCUCCGCCCCCUUAUGGUGCGAUAAACCAAUCAGAGAGCGAGCCAUCCACAGAGACUUUUUCGAAUGACGUCAUUCUACUUGACAUUCAAAAUCUGAAUGGACUAUAUAGUCUGUCCAGACUUUAAAUGAAGUGCAAUGACGACAUUCAGUAAAACUCUGUGGAUGGUUCGCUCUCUGAUUGGUUUAUCGCACCAUUAGGGGGCGGAGCUUGAGCGACGACUUGACAUUCAAAAUCUGAACGGGCUAUACUAUGUUUUUCAACGAUUUUUUGAAAUUCUGAUUACUUAAGGGACCACUUGAGCGUCGUACCGUGUGAAAUGGGCUGGGACUACGCCAACGACACCUACUUGGACAGUUUGGUCACUGAGGUUGAUUUUUUUCGAAAUAAAAAUUGAUUUUGUCAAAAAAUACAUGCAUUUUGUGACGUAAAAGGGCUUUACUCUCUCUAAGAUAGUUGAUUUUACAAAUGCGCCAUGAAAAACUGAGCUUUCUAUUGGUUGGACACGCCUCUUUAUUGAUUUUGUGGGCCAUUUCGUUGGAGCGCGUUUGCUUAUUUUUAAAUCUGUUUGUUUGAAAAAUCUGUAUUUUUUUCUUCAAGCUGCCUUCUGAAUGAAAAAAAUCUUUCAAAAAAAAUCAAUUGAAAGUUUUUGACUUUAGCCUUGGAGCGCACUUGCUCACAUUAAAAAAAUCCGCCUUUCCUUGUACAUUAUAUUCUGGUUUUUUUCUUGAAAUGAACAAAGAAAUGAAAUAAAAAAAUAAAGUGGUUAAAAAGAUUUACCAGUGAAUAAGCCAAUUUUUUUGAGAAAAAUUGAAAAAAAAUCGUCCUCGGAAAGGGUGCCCCACAAGGGAAGUCAUUCCACUUUGCGGUUGGGAAUAUUUUGAAAAUUGGCCAGAACACUUCUCGAUAUAUCAGAUGAAACUUCUGUGAGUCCCAAGCUGCCCAACUCUUCUAUUUUUGAGAAAAGACACCUCGAAACCAAAGGAAACCCUCAAAAUUCGUAAAAUUGGCCUUUUUGGGAUUUUGAGGUUGAGACUUUCAGGAUCUUUUUGUGGUUGACCAAGGAAUAAUCUGACCAAUUUUGAGGGAAUUCCGAGCCAAAAAGUGAAAAUGACCUCCCUUGUCAGUGGUAAAAAAACAAAUAAAAAAAUUUUUUUUUAAAAUUUUUUUCAAAAAUUAUGAUUUUUUUGGGCGCUUAUAGAGAUUUUUUUCAUGUAUUUCUCAAAAAUUACAGUUCGAUUUGGUGUGCGAAAAAAACAGGCGUGGGUGGAAAUUUCGACGACUUCUUUUUACGUUGGAAGCUUCAUUGGCAACUGCGUUUUUCGGCUAUAUUGCUGACAAGUUUGAUUUAUUUUUGGGCCUUUUUAGAAAUUUUUUUAUCAUAUAGGAUUGAUCAGAAUGGGCUAAAAAAAUGAAGAAAAAAAGAGGGAUUUUAUUUAAAAAAAUAUUCAGAAAAUCUUAGAAAUCUAGCCUUUUUUUCCGAAUUAUUGAUUGAAUUUUUCGAAUUUCCGAAUUUUUUUGAACAUCCUCUAUAACUUGGAAUUUGGGAAUAGAAUAUAAAAAAACUUAUUUAAAAAAACAAAUUUUUUUGAAAAAGCUUCAAAUUUUCGUCUUUUAUCAUUGAACUUUCCUUCUUUUCGAUCUCAUUUUCAAUUUUUUUUUUGGUAAUUUUAUUUGCUUCUAAUGGUUUUCGAGGUCUCUAUUUUUCUCAAAAAUGAAAUUUUCCUGCAGAUUCGGCCGCCGCCGCUCAUUUUUCAUCAUUCUGACGGUUCUCGUCAUCUGCGGAACGGCCAAUUCUUUCGCCAAGGUUUUUAACUCAUUUUCCUGUUUCAGAAAUAUUUCUUGACUAAAUUCGUCACAUUAUCAAUUGAUGUUUGUUCUAGACCGUUUUCUUAAAAAAAAUUUUUUUUUUUGCAAUUUCUCGAAGUUCCGCAUUUGGAAUGGCUCGACGCGUUGCGGUUCGAGCUGGGAAUAACUUGAAACAAAAAAAAAACGAAAAACUGGUCCCUAUAGGGACGAAUUUCAGUUGGUCCCUACAGGGGUAGAGGGUCUGAUUCGUAGGCCCCUAAAUCUUAAGUGGUCCUUAUAGGGGUCUCUCAAUUUUAUUCAAAAAACGCUUUUUUAUUUUUUCGCAUGGAAAUGCUUCUUCUCAAAAAGUUCGCAAUAAUAAACGACCAGAAUGCUCCCCUAGAGUGACCACUUUUGCAAGCCCUAGGGGGAGGUAAAGUGGUCCCUAGAGGGAAUCUUCUAACGCCCCUAAGGCUGCUUCUUUAGGGACCACUCUUACGAAAGGUCGCCUUCCAAUUUAUAAUUCACUUUUCAGCUUCAUCAGAAGUUUUUUAAACGCCCCUAUUCUCGAGAAAUGAUGGUUUUCAAAAUAAGGUAGCUUUUUAAAAUAUAAAAUCUUGGUUUUCAGGACAUUGAAUCGUUCAUUAUUCUCCGUUUCUUCACGGGUCUCCCAUUUCCAGCCCUCUUCCAAAUUCCCUUCAUUAUAUGUUCGUUUUGAAGGUUUUGAAAAAUCAGAAAAAAAACCUCCUAAAUAGUUUCCAGAUACAUGAAGCUUGUACAGUUGAAAAUUCGAAUGAACUUAGAAGAUUUUUUUUUUUGAAAUAGUUGAUUCAGUUCUGACUUGAUGUAUUAGAGAAAUAGUGUGCAAAACGAAGAGGUUCAGACGAAUUUUUGCAUUUUUUUCGGCUUUAACUAGGAAUGAAUCAAGUGAAAAAAAGCCUUUUCUUCUUUUUCAAAUGACAAGUUAAUAUUUAGGCAUGGAAUUUAUGGGAAAAUCGGGCCGAAUAUUCUCAGGACUCAUGAUUUCUUUGUUUUUUGGCGCCGCGAUGGCUCUUCUCGGCGUCGUCGCCAUGUUCAUUCGACGGUUUGUUCUGGAAAAAUGAUCGGUGGUCGCAUUUGGAAUGGCUCGGCCUAUCGCGGCUAAACCGCACCGCGAUCGCGACGCGUUGAGCCAUUCCAAAUGCCGCCAGAGGUUUGCGAAUUAUGAUAAAUAUAAUGUUUCAAACGAAAAUCGGCGUGUAUCUAGAAAAAUGCGGUAUACUGUAGUAAAAGCCAGUAUACUGUAGGAAAUGGUGGCAUACUGUAGGAAUAAGCCGUGUAAUGUAAGCAAUGGCAGUGUACUGUAGAAAAAGGGGUAUACUGUAGGAACAGGAGCUGUACUGUAGAAUAAAAAGGUAGUGAAAAGUAAUAUACUGUAGACUAAUACGGUAUAUUGUAGGGAAGGGCGCUAUACUGUAGAGAAAGGCGUUAUACUGUAGAGAAUGGCGGUUUACUGUAGAAAAUCACUGUAUAAUCUAGAGAAAGAUGGUAUACUGUAGAAGAAGAAGGUACACUGUAGAAAAAGGUGGCGUACUGCAGAAUGACGCUGUAGGCUGUAAAAAAAGGCGGUCUGUAAAAGAAAAGGCGGUUUUCUGGGAAAAAAAAGUGGUGUACUGUAGAAAAGAGCAGUAUACUGUAGAAGUACGCAGUAUAUUGCAGAAAAAGUAUAUUCACUGUAGGAAAAGGUAAGUAUACUGUAGAAAAAGGCGGUAUACUGUAUAAUGAUACGGUAGACUGUAAAAUGAUACGAUAGACUGUAGAACACUACGGUAAACUAUGGUAAAAGCCAGUGAACUGUAGAGAAAUGUUGUGUACCAUAGAUAGAAGUGGUAUACUGUAGAAAGAAGCUUACAAAAGUGUAUUCCAGUUGGCGCCAGCUGACUUUCUUCUGCAACGCCCCGUUUGCUGUCCUUUUCUGCUACUAUUUGUAAGCUUUUCUUUUUCUAAAAAUCUUCAAUUUUCCUCAAGCUUUCUGCCGGAAUCACCCCGAUGGCUGGUCUCUGUCGGGCGGUGGGAAGAGGCCAAAACGCAACUUUCGAAAAUCGCCAAACUCAACGGAAGAACUGACGUCGACGUUGAGGAACUUCUCACUAUUGUUUGUUUUUUUCUUGAAAACUACAAAAAAUAUGAAUUUUAAGAGCUAAAAUUUCAAUUUUUUUCCGAUAAGGAAAACCUAAAGGCUUGUUAAAUGCUCCCCUUAAGGGGCCAAUUCAUAGGGACAUUGGAACUCGCAGGAGUGGCCCCUAUAGGGGUUUAGUUAGUGGCCCUCAUAGGGGCAUGCUAGUCGACCAUUGCUAUGGAAUCUUUCAGAUUUUAAAUCCCUAUAGGGGCCAAUUCAGUUUCACCUCUAUAAGGACUUUUUUUAUUCUAAUCCCUAUAGGGAUCACUCGGACGCUCCUAAGUAUUGAUUAAAGCUAGAGUAGAUUACUGUAGGAUUUUAUUUUUAGCAGAUCAUUCUGCUGAAUUUUUCGAGAUGAAGUAUAGUCCGUUCGCCGCGACUUGACAGUUUUUGCAUGUCUGCGUCUCUCUGUUCCCUCACCGGCGAGGCCAGAGAAACAUGAAAAUAGCAUUUCAACAUGAGAGGGUAAUCGAGAGACGAGGAGGGCGCAGAAAAGUCUGGAAAAAACGGACUAUACCCAGUUUUUCUUCGAGCAAGAUGAUAAUUCUUUUCUUUUAUAAGAAAAAGCUGUGAAUGAACAAGCCGGCCAUGAAUGAACUAUAUUAUUUCAGCUCAAAAACAAUCAAAACGAGUCGGAACUCGAGGAGCAACAGAGAAGUCACAAUGUCACCGACCUUUUCCGAACUCCUAAUUUGAGGAAGAAGACUCUGAUCGUCACCUAUAUAUGGUGGGUCAUACCCUUCAAAUGGCUGAGAAAGCUCGUAUAAGUGAGCGAGAAAGUGGCGGUUGGAAGAGACGUCAGAGAAAAAAAGUUUCUUUACUUCUCUGGAAUCUCUUCAGAGGCGUGAACUUUCACUUAGCUUUUUUGGAUUUCCAUUUGUUUUUCAUUUUGUAGUGAUAAUGAUAGACUUCAGAUUUUUGUAGGAUCCAGGGAUUUUUCUGGAAACUACGGAACGAGAGAAAGGGAAAGAUUGAAGAGACGCCAGAGAAAAAAAGUUUCUUAACUUCUCUGGAGUCUCCUCGGAGGCGUGAACUUUAACGCAGCAUUUUUGAAUUUUUCCAUUUGAUUUUUCAUUAUGUAGUGAUAAUGAUAGGCUAUCUGUUUUAGUAGGACCUCGUAUUUUUUUUAAUAAACGAGAGAAAACGUGGUUAGAAGAGACGUCAGAGAAAAACAGGGUCUUUACUUCUCUGGAAUCUCUUCAGAGGCGUGAACUUUUUACUCAGCGUUUUCGAAUUUUUCCAUUUGAUUUUUCAUUUUGUAGUGAUAAUGAUAGACUCUAGGUUUUAGUAGGACCUCGUAUUUUUUUUAAUAAACGAGAGAAAACGUCGUUAGUAGAGACGCCAGAGAAAAAGUUUCUUUACUUCUCUGUAAUCUCUUCAGGUCCCUUGUUCUAGCUAACUUUUUAAAGUUGUUUUUUGUCUACGUGAAAAAUGAAGGGUAAUGAUCGCGAUCAUCUACAACGGACUGACGUUGAACGUCUCGAACUUGCCGGUCGACGACUACUGGAGCUUCAUCAUCAACGGCGCCGUCGAACUUCCCGGAUACUUUGUGGUCUGGCCGAUUCUCCAGAAGGCUGGGAGAAGGUUUGAUUGCUGACAACUGAAAAAAAUUGAAAAGAAAAUAGUGAAAACCCGAAAAAUGGCGUUUUGUCCAUAGAGCAACUUUACUGCUGAGCGCUUUUGGUGGGAAUUCAAACUGUCGCUCUGUGAAUUCGAGUUUUUUUCAAACUUCAUAGGUAAAGUCGGAAAGGGUGAAAAUGGCUCCAUAAAAAUUUUCCUUUUUUGCUGCCUUUUUGGGCCACUUUCUCAGCCCUUAUGCACCAUUUUUGCUCCCUCUCCCUUUCUCCACCAUUUCUGGAGCCUUUAAAAUCCCAGAAAUAGGGAAGGCUCGAUAAAGGGAUUUGUUUUGCGACCUUUUUUCUGCCGUUUUGCGACCUUUUUGCAGCCUUUUUGCGACCUUUUUGCGACCUUUUUGCAGCCUUUUUGCAGCCUUUUUGCUCCCUUUUUGUUGUCUUUUUUGAGCUUCUCCCUUUUAGCGGCCAUUAUCCACCAUACCGACUUUGCCCGAGUUUUGUGAAAGAAUACCAUUUAAUAAAUAAUAUAAUUUUGUAAGUUUUCAGUUUGACAGUUAAUUUUUCCGAGUUUCAGAUGGGCUCUUGCGUCGACGAUGAUGAUUUGUGGGAUCGGCUGCGUCUCGGCCAUGUUUAUCCCAGAAGGUGAAUCAGAGUUUUUUAAUCCAAAAAUCGAUUUAUGGAAUGCGAAUUUUGCUUGAGUAAAGCUUGAAAAUUCUUUCAAAAAUACAGAGAAAUCCGAAAAAUAGCCCUCUUGUCGGUAUGAAUCCGUAAGAAAUCAGCUUCGAUAAUUUACCUUUUUUUUUUACUAUUUUUUGAUUUUUUUUCUCGUUGCAGUUUGUCUGAAGAUCCUUGUCAAGAAAUUUAAAAGAGCAGAGCUUCAAAUUUCAUCGUCUUUACACAAGAAAAUAAAAAAAUUUAAAUUUUUUUCUUUUCCUAAUGAUCACGCGAUGUUGCGGACGUCUCAUAAGACUCGCAUUUUGUGAGAAAUAACCGGCUAUAUGCUUCAAAUCAAGGGUUUCUACUCUGAAAAAUCGAUUAAGAAAACAAAAAACACACACCGAUAAUAAAGAAAACACAAAAUAUUGCUAUCCCAAUCGAAACCUGUGUAAAAUCAUCAUUUUUCACCAGAAAAGCGAUUUUGCAAUCAAAGUUUGCAAAUUAUACAUGAAUAGAAAGCUUUUGGGACGAAAAGAACUUUGGUGAGAACAGAAAAAAUUGAAAUUUGAAAGAAACGAAGAAAAAAGCGAAAAUGCGAAAAAUGGCGAAGCCUGUUGUCCAUGGAGCAACUUUACCGCAAAGCGCCCUUUUCGCGGGAACUCAAACUUUCCUUUCUCUGACUUUGAAUUAUUUUUUCUCUAAAGCUAGCAACUUCUGUACGAAUUCAAGUUCACCGUUCGAUUCGCAAUGAAAAGCUCUACAAAAUACUGCUUUGAACUGAAACACCGUUUUUUACUGCCCCUAUGUCUUUAACUUUUUUCACGAAGCUCGGUGGCAACUUUCAAAGAAAGGUUCAGAAUCAGCGUAAAAAACUUCAUCUAGUGUUUUUCGUCUCAUUCAGAGGACUAUUUCCUUUUCUUCGUUAAUCAAAUCGAACAUCUUGAGAAUGUGAACAUCUCCCACAGAAAUGAAGAGGUUCAGGCUAUCCAUGGCUGGUGGCCAGCACCUCGUUCAUCGGCAAGUUCGGCGUCGGUUCCGGCUUCGCAGUCAUCUACAUUUUUGCCGGGGAACUGUACCCGACGGUGGUCAGGGCAAUUGGCAUGGGAAUGAGCAGCAUGGUCGCCGGAUCUGGUCUCCUUUUGGCCCCUCAUAUCGUCAAAUUGGUGGGUUGCUUGAAUAUCUUGGGGCUUUUCGGUUUCUUAUAUCGUCAAAUUGGUGGGUUUAAUGAAUUUCGUGAGGUUUUGCUGCCCUCAAAUUGGUAAGUUUCGAAAAAUGCAUGUCUUUUAACAGGAAUAUUUCAUUUUUUACAGUUAGGAACAGAAAAAAUUGAGCUUGAAGAUGAAGCAAAAGUAAAAAACCAGAUAAUGUUGCUCAUACUAUACUCCAUGUUUCCCUCACUAGGAAACGUUUUUUUCACCCCCGUGUGAACUUUUUGAUGAAACCUUGCUAGCUAAAGUGCACUUUAGGACCUCCUGAUUGCAGAACGAGGGAAAUAUUUCUCGCCAAAAGAAAUGGCCUAUUUCGCGGACUUUGUGAAUCUUUUUUACUCGAAAACGAGAUUUAUUGCGAGACAUUUUUUUCUUGUUCUGGAAUCAAGAGGUCCUCAAGUAAACUUCAGCAACGUUUCAUCAAAAGUUGAACCUGAGGGUAAAAAACAUUCCGCAGUCAGCAAUCAGUGACGUCAUUCUUGUAAAAGUUCGGCUUUUUUUCAAAAUUAACUUCGUUCCCUGUUUCUAUCGCAAUUUAAAGGCUUCUUUUCAUCAUUUUCAGCUGUUAGUCUCUUUUCCAAAUUGAGAAAUUCGCAUUUUCAUUCUCAACCUAAUUCAAAAUUGAAAGCCAUUUUCAAAGGUUUUUAGUCAGUUUUCGAAUUUAGAAAGUUUUCAAUGAACUGGAAGUUUCUUUCUGUUCAUGAAUAUCAAUUUUUCGGUGUGAAAAUACAAAAAAAAACGUUCAGUUUGCUACUAGCUUCCGUUUAAAAAAAGUUUCAUUCGAUUUAGACGACGGAGAAAAAAAUUCGAAUUUUUUUGAAUUUCGGUUACAGUAAUCUUUAAAAGAGGCGGAGCUUAACAAAACCUUGUUCAAAAGUUUUGUAUAGAUUUGUAGUUGGUGUGAUGAAAAUAUGAGCUCAAAAAAAGGCAACAUGAAUUUCUUGUUAAAUUUUCAGUUAAUAACCUCGAAACAAGAACGCCAUUUUUCUUUGAAUAGGGGUUGAUGACGUCAUUUUUUCCAAGCUAGGAGUUUCCUCAAAAUUAUUUCUGAUGGAUCUAUUUCAAUUUUUCGACUUUCGAAAUUAUUUUCUUCCAACUAACACUUUAGACAAUCCAUUUUUCGAUAUUUACAUUUUAUGACGUCAUUUUUCAUUUUAUGACGUCAUCUUUCAUACAAUUCCAGGGCGACUACAUGAAAAUCCUCCCACUCCUUGUAAUGGGACUGAUGGCGUUAUCGGCAGGUGUUUUGGCGUUCUUAUUGCCUGAAACUCUCGGAGAACCCCUCCCGAUGUCCAUCGAAGACGCUGAACGAUUUGGUGAGCAACCAUCGGCUAACAUGAGUAAUACUUAUCCUUUCAAGGUAAGAAACUGAAGAAGACCGAAGCCGGCCUGUUCACUGGCGCCCCGGAAAGGCUGAAACGGGAAAGUGCGGUCCUUCUGAACCCGGCCCUGCCUGGAAAACGGCGGAGCAGUACCUAUGUUCUUUGA